AUGGCCCUCAGAAAUCAUACCAGGGUAACUGAAUUUAUUUUUCGUGGACUUACCCAGUCUCAAGAGGUGAGUUUACUCUUAUUUUUCUUUUUAUCUCUGGUUUAUGUGAUGAUUGUGUUAGCAAAUGUGGCCAUCAUGGUCACCGUGACCUGCGAGCCCCGCCUUCACACCCCCAUGUACAUCCUGCUCCGCAACCUCUCUGUCCUGGACAUCUGCUUCUCCUCUGUCACUGCACCCAAGGUCCUAGUCGACCUUCUUUCAAGGAAAAAGACCAUCUCCUUCCACAGCUGCAUCACCCAGAUGUUCUUCUUCCACCUCCUUGGUGGGGCAGACAUUUUUUCUCUCUCUGUCAUGGCCUUGGACCGCUACGUGGCCAUCUCCAGGCCCCUGCACUACGUGACCAUCAUGAGCAGAGGUGUUUGCACUGGGUUAAUAGUGGCCUCCUGGCUGAGCGGCUUCGUCCACUCCAUCGUGCAGAUCGCCCUCUUGCUCCCGCUCCCCUUCUGCGGGCCCAACGUUCUUGACACUUUCUACUGCGAUGUCCCGCAGGUCCUCAACCUCGCCUGCACUGACACUUUUGCUCUGGAGAUCCUGAUGAUUUCCAACAAUGGCCUGGUCACUACGCUGUGGUUUAUCUUCCUGCUUGUGUCCUACACGGUCAUCCUGACGAUGCUGAGGUCUCACACAGGCGAGGGCAGGAGGAAAGCCGUCUCCACCUGCACAGCCCACAUCACCGUAGUGACCCUGCACUUUGUGCCCUGCAUCUACGUCUACGCCCGGCCCUUCACCGCUCUCCCCAUGGACAGAGCCGUCUCUAUCACCUUCACAGUCAUCAUCCCUGUCCUGAACCCCAUGAUCUACACGCUGAGGAACCAGGAGAUGAAGUCAGCCAUGUGGAGACUGAAGAAAAGGUUCAUUCUUCCUCCAGGAGGAUAG